ACGUUCUUCGGGCUUGUGACGUCAUCCUUUAGAAUUUCUUUUGUUUGCCCGUGUAUUAUACUGGUUGAAACUGAAGUAGUCAUUGACAGAACCCCGUGAAGAUGCGUUGGAUUGAGAAAGAGUGACCUGCCCAAGGUCAGACAGCAAGUUUCACACUUAAGCGUAAACUACAAGCUGUGUCUCCCCUGCUCCUAAAUCUAAUACCUUAAUCCAGGUUUAUUACAUAUAUUGGAAAGCGCUAAUAAUGUAGAUGGGAAUUUUGGAUGCAGAAUGGCUGAGAAGAAACCUUCCCAAGGACAACCGUGGCUGCUACUACUGAUCGUUGCUGUUGCCUUCAUUCACUUAGUUGUGUGCCCAUUUACAAAAGUAGAGGAAAGCUUUAAUCUUCAAGCUAUACACGACAUUUUGUAUGAGAAGCUGGAAUUAUCUAAGUAUGAUCAUCAUGAAUUUCCUGGAGUUGUCCCAAGAACAUUCAUUGGUCCAAUUUUUAUUGCUCUUCUUUCCAGUCCAGCCAUCUAUAUAUUGUCCCUUUUACAAAUGUCAAAAUUCUACUCCCAGUUGAUAGUCCGAGCAACCCUAGGCUUGACAGUGAUUUAUGCCCUAUGGCGGCUACACAAAGAAGUGAGAAAGCAGUUUGGUUUUACUGUAUCCAUGAUUUUCUACCUAAUAACAGCUACUCAAUUCCACCUGAUGUUUUACUGCACUCGUACCCUCCCCAACAUAUUUGCACUGCCUAUUGUUUUACUAGCAGUUACAUCUUGGAUGCAACAAAAGCACCGCCCAUUUAUUUGGUUUUCGGCUUUGGCAAUAAUUGUCUUCAGAGCGGAGCUUUGCCUAUUCCUGGGUCUUAUGCUGCUGAUCACUCUAUUGAAUAAAAAACUCUCCGUUAUGAAAAUGCUUUUUUAUGCUGCUCCCGCAGGGGUUUUUUGGUUAGGACUCACAGUGGCUCUGGAUUCUUUGUUCUGGGGGCAGCUCUUGUGGCCUGAGGGAAAAGUACUUUGGUAUAAUGUUGUGUUAAAUAAAAGCUCCAACUGGGGAACCUCACCUUUUUUGUGGUAUUUUUACUCUGCCUUGCCUCGCGCUCUGGGUUGCAGUAUUGUAUUUCUACCACUAGGAGCAGUAGACCGAAGAUGUUGGGCAUUAAUUCUACCCUCACUUGGUUUUAUUUUCCUGUAUUCCUUUCUCCCACACAAAGAGCUGCGGUUUAUAAUAUACACAUUUCCAGUUUUGAAUAUAGUGGCUGCCAAAGGCUGCUCGCGAAUUCUAAACAAUUACAAGAAAUCAUGGUUAUACAAAUUAGGCACUCUGUUUGUUAUAGCACAUCUUUUUGCUAAUGCUGCUUACUCUGGAGCAUCGCUCUAUGUGUCCCACUUCAAUUACCCUGGAGGAGUUGCUAUGCAAAAACUACACCAGCUGGUACCUCCAACAUCAGAUGUUUCUGUCCACAUUGAUGGGGCUGCAGCACAGACUGGUGUGUCUCGAUUUUUAGAAGCCAAUUUGGAUUGGAAAUAUGACAAAAGGGAAGACCUCAAACCGGGCGACCCACUUAUGUUCUCAUAUACACAUGUACUUAUGGAGAUGAAUUCAACUCAACUGUCACAUUACAAGACAACUCACAAAGUCCUUGCGCAUAUUCCUGGCACCAGUGGAAUUGGAUUGAAUUUUACUGCACUGCCUCCUAUUACUUUAAAUUUGAAAUCCAAACUAGUAUUGUUGGAAAAGCUCCCCAUUUCUUUUGGAAAAUAAAUUUUAACAAGUUUGAAAUAGUUUUUGCUAGUGUUAUGUUGCACUAAUUAAAACCUUGACAUGCCAAUGAAAGAUCAAUACUAUUUGAUCCUAUUCAUUUCACUUACGUGAAAAACUUCCAUAUAGUAUAUACUGCAUAUAAUGCCAACUACAUUUCAAUGCAAAGUACAUACAUUCAAGACAUAUUUUCAUAUAAUUACAUAGGAAGCAUACUAAAUAGUUGUUUUUAUGUAACACUAUUAUGUGUGUGGUUUAAUGUUUUCACAUUGUUUUCUACCAUGUGGAAAAAUAGCAUAAUGUGCUAUUUUGGGCCACAGUAUAAAAUGUUUAUGUUGUCAAUAAGCAACAAAAAUCUUAUACACCUAAACAUGAAUGUUAUUUGGAUGAACAAAAUCUGGAAAUAAAUGGAUUGCUAUUUGUUUUUAUCUGUUGGGCAGUUUUGCUGACAGUAUUUGCAUAUAAGACAAGGCCCAUUUUGUCAUCCUGAUAACAUUUCUUAAUCAGGUUUUGUCAGUUACCAGUGAUCUAGUAAACAUAAAACAGAGUUAUGGGAAAGUCAAGCUGGCCUUAAAAGUGUUAAGAGACAGCCAAGCAUAAAUCAAGAAAAAUAAUACUGGAUGUCAAAAAAAAUGUAAUUUGUUUUAAUUUCGUACAGGUUUUUAAGUGGUAACUUCUAAAUAAAUAUAGAGCUAGAUUAUUUAAGUCAGCUAUACUGAUUGUUCUCAGUGUCCAGAUGAGGCAAUGGGUUAGAAAGUAUAAUUGUGGGAUGAUCCACAACUUGUAAUUGAAAAUAUGCAAGAAAAUAUCUUACAUAACUCUUAAAAUCAUUCAUUUUUAAUCAGUGUACCUUGGCACAGUAGAGUGCAAAUUGACUUAGAUGCAAGAAAUACCAUCCUGUAAAACUGGUUUAACUACGCUGAUGUGUUCUCUUGUAUGCUAUUGUACAACUUUCAUAAAUUUUGUUGUUCUUUUACAUCAAAGAAAACGAUGUCUUCCUUGAUGCACAACUUAUCUAUUCACAGAAGCUGCUAUUAUUCAGAAGGGAGACAUUAACUUCUCACAAAAGCCUAUGUUUAAAACCUGCAAAACUUAUUGGGUAGUCUUGUUUUGUGCAACAGGCCCUGCUAAAAGUCAGUUCUUUAAAAUACUGCUUGGUUCUUCUGGAAGAAAGUACUACCCUUUCUGUAAUUUCCACCAGGCAGUUAUUUAAUGUGAAUUCUGGGGUUCCUGAUGUCUUAUAUGUAUAAUCAACUAUGGUAUAGUCUUGUGGCAUCUUAAAAACAAAUACAUGUUCAUUAUGAAGGCUACUGCAAAAAAACAUCCACAAAAGUGGAUGGAUUAUAAUAAAUGGAUUGCCAUUCUGUAAAAUAACACAAAAUUGGGGGGGUUUUGGAAGAGAAAACCAGCAUAUUUCUAUGAUAAUUAUGGUCAUAGCAUAGUUAAAACUGGUACUCUAAGAAAUUAUACCCGUGAAAUGUUAAAUAAAUGACUAGAUAUAGGGAAUCUAUCUUCUAGAAUUAUAAUCUAUCUUCUAGAAUUAUAUUUUAGGCCUUAAAUGUCACCUUAAGGCAUAUGAAAUAAAUUGAUGUUUAUUUCCUAUUACUGAAAAUUAUUUUUAGCCAGGAGUGUUAAAACCAUAAGGUUCGAUGCAGUAUUCUGACCCCAAUUUAAGAUUAAUGUUUCAGAAUAUUUAGUUGCCUACACUAGUUGAAGUAUGUGAAAGUAUUGUUUUCUUUAUUAUUACAUUUGAGCUGUGAAGAGUUAGCUGAACUCUAUCAGAGCAACCCAACAUAUCUUGUUACAAAGAAUGAACUAUUUGUGGCCAUGAGUGCUUGUUACUCAAUAGCUUUCCACAUUUUCAGUUUUCUUUUAACCAGCCAAAAUGUGAAACUGUGUAGCAAAUGUAAUUUCAUUUGUUAAUUAACCAUGUGUGACCCACUCAUUAUAUAAAUAAGCACAUGCAUUCUAUUAACCUAUAUCCACACAUUUGUGGCUACCACUUUUUGUACCGAAUUGCUGUCAAGUUCAUACCACUUUCAGUGUCAAUCACCCCACUGCUGCCCACAAUUCUGACAAUUUUAACAUGGUCUGGUUUUAUCGUAAAUUCAUUAGAGAAAUAUAUAUAGUUACAUCGAGUAAGAUUUAUUGUAUGUGGUCACUUUUUUAAAAAAGCCCAAUAUUGUUCUUGUUGAAAAUAUUUCAAUUAUAUUUGGGCCAUACUGCAUCAUUACAUCAGGCAUCUCACUGUAUGGGAGACAGAAAUACUACAAGGAAAUGUUUGAUUGAAAGAACUGUAGAAACCUGCCUUCUAAUUCUUAUUCAAAAAGUUAUAUCCAGAUUAUGCCCAUACACUCCAGAAUCACUGAGUCCCCCAUUGUAUUCUAAGGGGAGGAGGGGAGAAUGGCUGAUGUAGACUCAUUCUCUAAAAAUUGCAAAUAAGAUGUUUAAUUUCAGAAACUGAAUCCAUCAUUUAUAAAUACACCAAAACAUAAUAAAUGCAAAAAUUAGCCAGAGGUACAGUACAGUAUUUUAACAAAACUACAUCUCUCCUAAAAGCUGUAGUUAAUUUCCCAAAGAAUUUUAUCAAUGCAUUGGAGGGAUGAGGAGAGCGGGGAAAAUAUUAUUUUAAAAUAUGGACAGCAAAUGCAAAUGCUGGCUAUUCUCACCUGCUGUCUGAGGAUUAUUAAAAUUUUACAAUAUCCUACUUUGCUGAUAGACACUAUCAAUUACGGUCAGUUCUACUAUAUAACAUUCUAUGCAGGACUCCUGUCUAUGGGCUGUGCAAAUGCUUCAGGUGCAUGUGAAGUGCCUGUGCAUGCAAGGACAAUCGGAUGCAAGUCCUGCGUAUUCUGAAGCACCUUUUCCAAAGUAUUUGCACAAUCUUAGAAAGGAUAUUCACUGAAAAUCAACUUCGA